AUGGAGGUCUGUUCCGUUUUCGACCUGACCACGACGGCGCUGAGCCUCAGCUGGAAGGUCUACCAGUUCUUCCGGGCCGUCCAGGACGCGCCGGCCGAGGUCGGGGAGUAUCUCGAGGCCCUCGAGGCGACGCGGACCACGCUGCACGACGUCCAGGAGUAUGCCGCGGCCCACGAGAAGUCGUCGUUUGCGCGGGCCGACGGCCUGCAGCUGCGGACGCUGACGGCCGUGCUGAAGGACUGCGAGCUCGCGUUCGGGCUGCAGCUCUCGAGCAUGGAGACCUACCAGACGGGCGACGUCACGUCGCGGUUCACGCGGCUGCGCAAGGGGGCCGCGUUCGUCUUUGGCCGGGAGUCGAUGGCGAAGAACACGGGCAAGCUGCUGAUCUGGCGGGACCUCCUCGCCCACGCCAUGACGACGUCGAUCGGGCGCAAUACGAUUCUGCUCCGGGACCAGCUGCAGCCCAUGGGCGCCGACAUUCAGGACAUGAGCCAGAGGCUGAGGGACGACGAGAAGGAGCGGCAGAAGCUGUUCCAGACGUUUGGCCAGUAUCAAAAGGCGCUCGGCUCGGGCAUCGCCAUGCUGCUGGACUGUGCGCGCAGUGCCGGCAUCCGCAACACGACCCGCGUGGAGGAUCUGGGCAUGCAUUUUGCAGAGGAUCCGUUCCUGUCGGAAGAGCAGCAGCCUAGCUCGAGCGGAGGCGCAGAAGCGCCCACGAACGGCAGCACGGAUGGCUUGGUGGUACGGCCAGGAGGCACCGUCUCGGAGCCGGGCACGGCACCAACUGUGCAGGCGAACGACGAGUCGCCAAGUGCUGAGGCUUCUUACACCCAAGCACAUGCCAUCGAGGCUGCAUUCCGCGCCGUGGCCCAGACAGCGAGCCCGAAGCAGGUGGAGAUUCUGGACGCCAUACGAAAUCCAGAAGCGGCCCUGACGAUCCUCAACGACAAGCAGCCCUCGACACGUGCCGCCAAGUCACGACCGGUCCUGUCUGUCUUCUCCAAGUCGCUCGGCCCUCUGGCCAGGUCCGGGUCCGAUGUGGCAGCAACGGCAAUGGGCAGUAUGGACUUUAUGCUGAGCAUGAGCAUGAACGUCUACGGCGAGGUCGACGCCACGCUGUCCGAGGUCGCCGACGCCGCCGACCUCUGCCGCCGCGAGCUCGCGCUCAACCCGGGGGAGACGCUCUUCCGCCUGACGAGCCAGGUGUACCGCGUCAUGUUCAGCAUGAGCAUCAUGUGCUACGAGUUCGUGCUGUCGCGCGCCACGGCCAAGCUGGCCAUGAUCCACACGUUUCGUCCCAAGCUGGACGUCAAGCUGGCGGAGCUGCGUCGCGCCUGCGACCGCGUCACGCGCGAGGUCGACUUUCGCCAUCGCGUCGAGAUGCGGCGGGCGGGCCGGACGAUUGCCGCGCUGCAGGUCGAGCAGCAGAAGAUGGCGGGCAUGCUGCGGGACCAGAAGGCCAUUCUCGAGUCGGUCCGGCAGGAGAGGACCAUGAUGGAGGCCGCGCGCGAGCAGCAGCGGAUUCUGGAGCUCGUUCAGCAGAUUCAGUUUCAGAUGCAGGCGGAGCGGGCUGAGCGCAUGAUGAUCACGGCCACGGGGGAGUAG